GUGUGGGACGCCAACAACCGCGCCAACGAGGCGAAGGUGAACGCUCUACAGGUGCUCAUCAAAUCCAACCAGAGCAAAGAGCGAGUGGAGCAGAGCAACCAGCAACUACGCAACCUCAUCAAGGAGAUCCGAGAGCUGCUCACCAAUGAGAAGGCGGAUAUUUCAGUCAUCGAGAAGGUGGCCAACGAGGUUCUGGCUCUGGAGAUGCCGACGUCGACGGAGAAGCUGCAGGAGCUGACGGAGGAGAUCCGGGAGAAGGUGGGCGCUCUGACCAGCGUGGAGACGAUCCUCAGUCAGAGCGCUCAGGACGUCCAGGCCGCAGAGACGCUGCUGCAGGAGGCCAAGGCCGCCAGCGAGGCGGCGUCUAACGUGAAGGAGACGGCAGACGUGGUGCGGGCGGCUCUGGAUGAGACUGAGCGCGCUCAGAGUAUCGCCAUGGACGCCAUCCAGCUGGCCCAGAACAACAUGAAGGGAACACUGGACCUGCUGGUGUCUGUGGAGUCGGAGACGGCGAUGUCGGAGCUGAAGCUCGGUAACACGACGGGUCGCCUGGUCCAGCUGGAGCGGGAGGUCGGCCUGCUGAGACAGAACGAGCUGGAGGUGAAGCGUCUGGCUGAGACGGCUGACUGGAUCACCGACCAGGCCAGAGUGAACGCAGAGGAGGCCCAGCAGGUCUCACACACACACACACACACACACACACUUUAAAACAACAAACAAUAACAAGAAAUGAGAAAAAAACUAAACUGAAAUUUUACAGAAAAACACAACUAAAGUUAAAUGACAGCAAAUGAAAUAAUAAUGAGGUGAAGAGGACGCUUUCAUCAGCUGCCAUCAAUGAUU